GCGGCUGGACUGCUGGAGUCCUCCUGUCCUGACGUCCAGCGACCAAUCGAACAGGGUAACAGGCAAAGUGCCAAACAGCCAAAGUGGCCGACCGUGUGGUAUGGAUGUGUGAGAAUAAUGGGCCAAGACAUGGUAAUGGGCCGGCUGGAGGAGGUAGGAAUGACAUAUUUUUAGCCCAAAGUAACAUGAUUCCUUCACUAUUUUGCUCAUUUCCUAUUUCCUAUGUAUAUAUACUACAUACAUGUAUAUAUUAAAAAAAAUUGUAAAAAAUAAUGGGUAUUCACUUGAGAGUUUUUUGCUAUUACAGUACUCUUAUUAACAAGCUUCUUUCUUAUGGUACUCUAAAUAUAGCCUUCUCUAUAAUAGUAUUUAUAAGUGUUAUUGCUCUCUAAAAUAGUAUUCUAAUCUGUUUUUUAAUCAUCUCUUUUUCUUCACCUCAUAAUCUGACCGUAUUGCCCCUUCUUUUUUUUGACCGUAUCUCUUUGAUUUGUGGUUCCCAUAAUCCCAUCCCCAUACAUCGGAGUCUCCAUUCCUGGCUUCCUGCAGCCGCUGCACGACUCCCUGCCGUCGGUCUCUCACCUCGCCGUUGGCCUCCCUCCUCUCGGCUCCCUCUUCGCCGCCGUAGCAGGGGUGCCGCCCUCCUUGCCGCCAGAGCAGGAGCACCUCCCUCCUCGCCGCCGUAGUAGGGGCGCCGCCCUCCUCACCGCUAGAGCAGUAGCGCCUCCCUCCUCGCCGUCAUAUCAGGUGAAAUAAUACCCGAGACUUAUUGGGAUAGCCACAGCGACAGUGCCUAUGGAUGGAGAUAAAUCAUUUGGGACCAUCGAUGAGGAAAAUAGAAGGUUUGAACUAGCAUUGGUACCACCGCCGAUUCCAUCUACUAAUUCAUAUCCAAGAGUAGAGCCAUCAAUUCCAUUUAUAGAGGAGCCACCUCCUUUAGUGGAUUGGGAUUCAAUAGCAAUUCAAGAAGAAAGAGAGGAUGAAGGACACAUAGAACUUUGUGACGAAGCACAAGUUUAUGAACUUUUAGGUUUCAGACAUGAAGAUGAGAUGGAGGAAGAAAUUAAUAUGCAAAAUGAUGCUGUCCCGAAUUCUAGUGCUGAUGGAGAAAGUGGUUAUGGAAUUCCACCGAUACAAGGUGAUGAAGGUGCACUUAUUCCGGUUGUUGAUAAUAUUCCGGAGAUGUCAAUGACUGAGCAUGAUAUGAAUAAUCCAUCUAUGGAGGUAGGAACCAGAUAUCCUAAUAUGAAGGAUUUUAGAUUGGCUGUUAGACAAUAUGCCAUAAAUAAAGAAUUCGAGUUGGGUAUUGAGGCGACCAACAAGUCCAAAUACAGAGGGUACUGCAAGGGUGAUGGAUGUCCAUGGUCUAUUGUUGGGUUCAAGAAGGAGGGUGAAGUGUCUGUUGUGGUCACAGUGUUGAAUGAUGUACACACGUGUACAUCUAGCAGUAGGAGAAGGACAACUACACCUUCGUGUAAGUGGGUUGCCUCCAAGGCAGUUUCUAUACUCAGAAAAUAUCCUCAUAUGGGUACUAAGGAGCUACAGGUUAGGUUGCAAGAUGAGCACAAGUGCACAAUUGGCUAUGACACGGUCUGGAAAGGAAAAGAGAAGGCUUUGGAUGAAUUAUAUGGUUCAUGGGAAGAGAGUUUUCAGCUGUUAUACAAUUGGAGGGCAGAGGUCAUGAAGAGAAUGCCAGAUAGUGUUAUUGAAAUUGAAUGCAAGGUGGUUAAGGGCAAGGCUUAUUUCCAUCGUUUUUUUGUGCACUUGGUCCUUCUAUUGAAGGUUUUCGGACGGGUUGUAGACCAUGGCUUGGUGUUGAUGCAACUGCACUAAAUGGCAGGUGGAAUGGUCAUUUAGCUGCUGCAAUUGGUGUGGAUGGUCAUAAUUGGAUGUACCCACUUGCAUAUGGAUUUAUGGACUCAGAGACAGAAGAUAAUUGGAAAUGGUGGAUGGCUCAGCUACAUAAGGUUGUGGGAGAUCUUCCAAAACUUGCUAUUUGUUCAGAUGCUUGCAAAGGAUUGCUAAAUGCAGUGCGUGAUGUGUUUCCAGAAGUCGAUAGAAGAGAAUGCUUUAGGCAUCUGAUGCAGAAUUUUGUUAAGAGAUAUUCGGGUGACAGCAGUGGACACAUGUGGCCAGCAGCUAGGGCAUAUGACAAACAUGUUUAUGAGA